UAUAAUUUGCGUCUCAAAAAACAUGGGCCUCGAUUGGCAUAUUUUGGAGCGAAGAGACAAAAUAUUUCUAGUUCUAAGGAUUCGGGGAGAAGUUUACGUCCUGUAAGGCAGGGCACUGGGCACAGCGUGCGUCACAGCAAGUCUCAGCUGCCGCUGGGAUUGCUCGAGCUCUGUUUAGUCUGCUGUCUACCAAAGACUGAGGAGUAAACUACCAAACUGGUGAGGGCUAGUCAGCUAAUCAGGUGCUAAGUCAGCUAAGUUGAAGGCAGGCAGCAGUGUACCUUACUCUUGGGGGUUGCGUUAUAAUGGUUGUAACGCUUAGCCAAAACAGGAAGGCCAGCAACAGUUAAAUGAGGCAGCAAGUCGUUGUUUAGAUUGUUCUUUAAUUAGCUAAGUCUAGCUAAUGCGGAAGGCACCCCCACAGAGUGAUCAAUGGUGAGCCUAACGCAGGGGACAUAAUAUAGUCUGCUCAUUUUAAAGGCAGAUCUUUCUGAAUAGAGGAUGUCUAAACGUCUCCGAAACACGGAGCUGUGCGCUGAUUGCAGUGUCCCAGAUCCUCGCUGGGCCUCAGUGAACAGAGGUGUUUUGAUUUGUGACGAGUGCUGUAGUGUUCACCGGAGUCUGGGCAGACACAGCUCCCAAGUCCGUCACCUGACGCACACACCAUGGCCUCCUACACAGCUACAGAUGGUCCAGACAUUAUACAGCAACGGUGCAAACUCCAUAUGGGAGCACUCUCUUCUGGACCCUGCAUCUGUGAUGAGUGGGAAACGCAAGGCCAACCCUCAGGACAAACUGCACCCGAACAAAUCAGAGUUUAUAAGAGCCAAAUAUCAAAUGCUGGCAUUCGUCCAUCGCAUGCCCUGCAGAGAGGAUGACAGCUCGACAACCAAGGAUUUAAGCAAGCAACUUCACUCAAGUGUACGCACUGGGAAUCUCGAGACAUGUUUGAGGUUGCUUUCCCUGGGAGCACAAGCUAAUUUUUUCCACCCUGAAAAAGGAAACACUCCAUUGCAUGUAGCAGCAAAGGCAGGACAAGUAUCUCAGGCUGAACUGUUAACUGUUUAUGGGGCAGAUCCUGGAGCCCCUGACAGCAACGGCAAAACUCCCAUCGACUAUGCAAAGGAAGCUGGCCACCAUGACCUGGCAGACAGACUGGUGGAGGUCCAGUAUGAACUAACUGAUCGACUUGCAUUCUACCUAUGCGGGAGGAAACCAGAUCAUAAAAACGGGCAGCACUUCAUCGUUCCACAGAUGGCUGACAGCAGUUUAGAUUUAUCAGAACUGGCCAAGGCAGCAAAGAAGAAGCUGCAAUCUCUGAGUAAUCAUUUAUUUGAGGAGCUGGCCAUGGACGUGUAUGAUGAGGUGGACAGACGAGAGACGGAUGCAGUGUGGCUGGCUACACAGAAUCACAGCACCCUGGUGACAGAGACGACUGUGGUGCCGUUUCUUCCUGUGAAUCCAGAAUAUUCCUCAACAAGAAACCAGGGACGACAGAAACUUGCAAGAUUCAACGCACAUGAAUUUGCCACACUUGUGAUUGACAUAUUAAGUGAUGCUAAGCGCAGACAACAAGGGAACUUAGUAUCCAGCCCUAAAGACAAUGUUGAAUUCAUCUUGAAGAGCGUGGCUGUGCGGCAUUGCAGUGACAGUCAGGACAAUGACCAGCCGGACUAUGACAGUGUGGCGUCUGAUGAGGACACAGAUCAAGAGCUCCCCUCCAGUAAAGGAGACAGGACAAAGAGCCUGGACUCUGACCUCUCAGACGGCCCCAUAACCAUGCAUGAGUACUUGGAGGUGAAGCACGCGCUUACAGCCUCUGAAGCAAAGAUCCAGCACCUCAUGAAAGCCAACAACAACCUGAGCGACGAGCUGCGGCUGAUGCAAAAAAAGCUGCAAUCUCUGCAAAGCGAGAACACCUCUCUCAGGCGGCAGGUCACUACCAAUAUCUAUCAGGUCCCCAGCUCUUCAGACUACCCCGACCCCUCCAGCCCCUCAGCCCUGAAACGCCGGCAGUCUGCGCGGGCCAGUCGGCCCAUGUCUAUGUAUGAGACCGGCUCAGGCCUGAAGCCCUUUCUCCCCAAAGGGGAAACCCCUUACCCUGAGGAGGCCCUCCCCACCCUGCAACCCUUCCCACCUCAUACAGAAAAGGGCGCUUUUGUGACCACAUCUUCAUCCCUCCCCUCAUUUCCAUCCACCCUCUCCUGGCCGAGGGACGAGAGUGCUCCAAAGGCAUCGAAGUUAGAGAAGCAAAGCAGCAUGCCUGAAAGUGACUAUGACAACACGUUCAAUGACUCCGAGAUGGAUGAAUCAGGUUUGUGCAGGAGAGUGAGGCUGAGGAGCAGCGGCUGGAUGGGUGAGGGCAGCUCCAUUCCUGAGCUGGCAGACGCAGAGAUGGAGGCAGACCCCACACUUCCCAGCACAGAGGACGUCAUUCGCAAAACUGAGCAGAUCACCAAGAACAUCCAAGAGCUUCUGCGAGCUGCUCAGGAGAACAAACAUGACAGCUUCAUACCCUGCUCGGAAAGAAUACAUGUGGCUGUAACAGAAAUGGCUGCUCUCUUUCCUAAGAAGCCGCGCUCAGAGACUGUGAGAGGCUCUCUGCGCUUGUUGACCUCGAGUGCGUACCGGCUUCAGAGCGAGUGCAGGAAGGCGUUGCCCUCGGAGGGCUGCCCGGGACCGGACAUGCAGCUGGUCACCCAGCAGGUCAUCCAAUGUGCUUAUGACAUUGCCAAGGCAGCCAAGCAGCUUGUGACCAUCACUACAAAAGAGAAUACAAACUAACAGUACUUACAGGCUGCCAAGCAGUCAGCAUCUCAGUUGUGUUUAUAUAUAUAUAUAUACAUAUAUAUAUUUUAAUGAGUCUUUUGUUUUUUGUAAUUGUGAUAUAUGCAUGCAUGUUUUUUUUAUUUAUGAAUGAUUAUUGACUAUAUUAAAACCAACUCUGGACAAAAUAUGAGUGUUAGAAGGUCAACAACUUUACUAAGAGAUACCAUGCUAAUGUAAUAGCACAAUUUCUCAUGAGGUAAUUUAUAACAUACACAAAUCCUGCUAAGCCUAAGUACAACAGCUCGUCAGCCUGGGAACUGAAAUAUUUUCCGGAAUACUCUUGAACAAUUCAAAUGAUCGUGAUGUAAAUACCUGUAACUGAGAGAAGCACAGUACAGCAGAUCCACCUGAUAAUAUUGGUUACUGUAUCAGUCCAAAGCCAGUGGGUGCUGAAAAGCCAUAACCAAGCCAUGAAUCCACUGUCAAUGAAUGCUAUUGCUUACACUCAUAGCUAAAGGAGCUUCCUGUCAUUAAUUGCACUGUGCAAGCAUUAUCAUACUGCAAAGUUUAACUCUCAAAACAAGCUGACGAUUUUGCCAACUUCCAAUCGAAUGUUGGGAACUUAAUUCACGCACAUGUUGAUGUAGCUCUGUAAUGCUAAUGUUUCUGCAACCAAGAAGCUAUUUAUAUGUUUGUCCUCUGUCCAAGUGUAAUCCAGUCUGCAGUGCACUUGUUGCAGCUAUUAAUGUUUGCACAUUUGUUAAGUCAGUGAAUGCAACACUUGUUCAGGGGGCCAAAGUUAUCCUCUUCACCGGUGCCAAGAUGUUGUAUUCAUUUCAAAUGAUCAGUGUUUGUAACGGGCUCCACACUGGGUUGUAUUCUGCGGUCUUGUGCUUCAUUGCAUUUCUGGUGAUGUUGUUCAAAGCUAAUAGCCAUACUGUAUGUGCAUCCAUGUGUUUUGUGCUCUGCUCCGUUGCUGCUAGUUUUGUAUUAAAUGUGCAACAUAUGGGAUAGAACUGUAGGCAUCUCUGUGCAACCCAACAAUCAUCCUCAGCAAGUGUUUCAUUAAGAGUUCAUCUUCUUUUUGAAAUCUGAUCAAGGUAAUGUCCCUCUGUGUGCUCAAGUGGAGUGCAGAGGUGUAUGUGAUGCAGCUAUUAAGUUGCACUUCCAAAAAUAAUUAUUUUCUAAAUAAACUUAAUUUAUAACUAUC